UCUGAUCUCACUGGUCUGACUGAAAAGUCUAAUCUAUGAAUAAUUAUGUUUUACAGUCACGUGAUCUUGCAGGAUAGCCCUACCCCCACCUCACCCCCCUCACACCCAUUAGUUCAAAGUCCGUUCAUCGUCGCCUUCUUCUUGAGCAGGUAUCGCCUCAGAGAUGUCUUCUGAACGUUCUCCCAUCAAUAGAAACGGUGAUAUAAGGUACAGUACCAUUCCAGACAACUCCAUACAAUCUUCUACACAAGAGGACAAGUCUAAAAAUGUUAAUCCACUCGUGGCACUCUAUCGUGAAAUAUCAUCAGGGGAGCAGCGGCUACGUAUAGUUUUCCUUUACUCUUGUAUCGCAGCUUUGGGAGCAGUGCUCACUGGUUUUGCCUUAGGCUACAGUUCACUUGCUCAGCUAGACCUUUCUAGCAAUGUUGGUACAAUGGCCGUACCCUCUGAUAAAAACUUUAAAUACAUUGGGAGUAUUAUUAAUGUUGGGGCUCUUAUUGGGGCCACAUUUACUGGCGUUGCCUCUGAUAAAUUUGGUCGUACUGCUUUACUUAUGGUUGGGAGCAUUCCUUGUGUUAUUGGUUGGGCUGUCAUUGCUGGCUCUUGGUAUUUCAUUAGGGAUGAUAACUCCACUCCUGUGCUAGUAAUGCUAUUGGUUGGGCGGUUUUUGACCGGGCUAGCAGCUGGUUGUUAUUCUCUUGUUGUCCCGGUGUACAUAUUGGAGAUAUCCCCUGCUAGUCUUAAAGGAUUAUUUGGUGCCUUGAACCAGCUAGGAGUGACAUUAGGUAUCCUAAUAAUAUACCUGUUGACAUCUUUUUGUCGUUACUAUUACGGAGCUUUGGUAGCAGCUGGCUUGUCACUGGUAUUUGUUGUUGUGGUUCUCUUCUUGCCAGAAACCCCUCGUUGGCUAAUGGCUAAUAAUGAACGCCUUGAAGCUAACCGUAUCCUUUGCAAGUUACGUGGCCCAAGGGCCAAUAUCCAGAAGGAGAUGAGCACUUUGGACAAGGGACUGGAAAGGGAUGCUGAAUUAUCCCUCGUGGAUAAACUGAAAAUGUUGCGAUACAAAUACUCGUACAUCCCGCUGAUAUUUGCAGUAUUUCUUAUGUUCUUCCAGCAGUUUUGUGGGAUUAAUGUUAUCAUAUUUUAUGCCGGGACCGUUUUAAAGACUGCUAAAGUUCAAGAUGCUAAUCUAGCUGCUGAUUUUGGUGUUGGAGUCAUCCAAGUUAUUUUUACUUUCGUGUCUGUAGUACUCAUAGAUAUGUUGGGCAGGAAAAUAUUGCUAUGUACAGGUGGACUCCUCCUGUCACUCAGUGCCAUUGGAUUAGGUGUCUAUUACUACCUCACUGCUCAUCAUACCAAUCUUGACGAUUCCAACAAGUUCUCAUAUCUUGCUGUUGUGUGUCUUGCUGUCUUUAUAAUUGGGUUCUCUAUUGGUUGGGGUCCCAUCCCGUGGGUAAUGAUGGGUGAGCUGACCCCUCUACAGACCCGUGGUAUCCUCAGCGGAAUAACAACGGCUGUCAAUUGGACCUUUUCAACCAUUGUCACAUUUGCUUUUCAGCCAUACGAAGACCUGGUGAAUCCUUACGGUGCGUGGUGGACUUUCGGUGCAAUUUCUGCUUUGAGUAUUCCGUUUGUGUUCUUUUUGAUACCUGAGACAAGGGGAAAGGAACUUGAGGAUAUACAGGAAGAGUUUGAGAAGAGGUACGGUAGAAAUACAAGAAAUAACGACGAUAAAGAAUAAAAUGAAUGAACUAAAAAAACUUUAAAAUAUAUUGUGACGCUUACUUAAAACUGCUGUUUUUGUGAAGUACUUAGUACUUAUUGUUCUACUUUAUGAUUUAUUUUUUUAAUUUUGAUGCUGCAUUUAAAAAAUAGUUUUAAAAACUA